AUGGCGGGCGGGUGGGGCGGCGCCGUCCUGCUGCUCCUGGCGCUGUGCCUGCAGCCGCCGCCCGCCCGGGCCCGCAGCCUCCGCUUCGUGACGCUGGUGUACCGGCACGGAGACCGCUCGCCCAUCAAGGCCUUCCCGCGGGACCCGUACCAGGAGAGCGCCUGGCCCCAGGGAUUCGGGCAGCUCACGCAGGUGGGGAUGCGGCAGCAGUGGGAGCUGGGCCAGGCCCUGCGGCGGCGCUACCGCGACUUCCUCAGCGACACGUACCGGCGGCAGGAGAUCUUCAUCCGCAGCACAGACUGUGAUCGGACGCUGAUGAGUGCAGAGGCCAAUCUGGCAGGCCUCUAUCCUCCAGGAGGACAAGAGAUGUUCAACCCUAACAUCUCCUGGCAGCCUAUCCCUGUGCACACAGUCCCUGAGUCUGACGAAAGGCUACUGAAGUUCCCUUUGACCCCUUGUCCACGGUAUGAACAGCUACAGACUGAAACACGGCACUCAACAGAAUACAUAAAUAAGACCAAAGAGAAUUGGCAAUUCCUGGAGAUGGUGGCAAAGGAGACUGGGAUCCGGGAUAUCUCUCUUGAGAGUAUAUGGAGUGUGUAUGACACACUGUUCUGUGAACAAGCACAUAAAAUGGAUUUGCCUGGAUGGGUGACUCCAGAAGUCAUGACUCACUUGAAAGAACUAAAAGACUUUGGUUUUGAAUUUCUGUUUGGGAUCCACAAUCGGGUAGAAAAAGCUCGUCUGCAAGGCGGAGUCCUGCUGGAUCACAUAAGGAAAAAUCUAACCAAAGCAGCAAAUGCUUCUGCCCAUCAGAACCUAAAACUACUUGUCUAUUCAGCACAUGACACCACACUUGUGGCACUGCAGACGGCUCUAGAUGUCUACAACAAGAUCCAAGCACCAUACGCCUCAUGUCAUUUAUUUGAACUGUACCAAGAGGAUGAUGGUAACUUCUCCGUGGAGAUGUUUUACCGUAAUGAGAGUGGGAAGGAACCCUUCCCACUGACAAUCCCUGGCUGUCAGCAUAAAUGCCCAUUGCAAAGAUUCUUGGAACUCACAGAUCCUGUUGUGCCCCAGGACUGGGAGCAGGAAUGCAAGGUAUCAAGCAGCAUGCAUGACACAGAACUCUUUGUGGGUUUGGCUGUGUGUGGAUCCAUUCUCCUUCUCCUUAUUAUUCUCCUCUUGACUGUACUCUUUCGCAUACAGUCUCAGCCCCCUGGCUACCGGCACGUCUCCAAUGAAGGAGAAGAGCAGGCCUGACAGUUGCUUCAGCUCCUUCCCAGGCAGUAGGAAGGAGCUGUGUUGCCCCUAAGGAUGAUUGGGCACCUUCAGUUACUCAGCAUUCUUCUAUUUUGGCCUUUACUUCCCAGAACAGAACUGGACUUGAUUUCUAGAUACUUUCUAAAGGUGACAUCCUUUAGAAAUAACUGAGAAAAAGAACUGAGCUACUCUAAGGAAAUGACACCUUAACUUUGAAGCCAAUAUACUCUGUGGUGCUCUGGUCCUCAUACAGCUUACCCAGUCUGGGGUUCCCAACAUGGCCAGUUUCAAGUUUUCCUCCUUUCAAGUGACUGUAAACGUUACCACUCACCAUGACUGUGGCAGAGAAGCUUGGGCGUGCAGCAGCUGCCACAUCCAGCUGCAUUUCUCUUCAGGGUCAACCCACUUUGAGUGCUUUUCCCUCACAUCAUAGAGCUGCUGAUGGUAGAAAGGCUGAACUUGAACUGAGGGUACAGCUCACCAACAAUGCACCAAGACUCAUCUACUGUCCUUGCAGAGGGAACUUCUGCAGAUGAUGGGAGAAAUGUAAAGUGUUUCUUGAGGUUGCUGUCAAGUAGUUGCUGCUGGCAACUGGUAGAAUCAGAGUAGAAUCAAGAGUAAACCCAAAAAGGCUCUCUCAUGAGAGAGAGCAAUUCCUGUGACUGAAGCAAACCCACACUCAAUUUCUUGUGCAAUGUUGCUCUAGAAAGGAAAGUCCCUCUAGAUAAGAAACUUGGUUUCUGUCUAAAGAUCCCAAGUUUAAAUUUUACUUCCCACAUGUGAACUUCAAGGACCUAUUAAAGGGAGUACCCAGUACUCCAGGCAGUCCAGAUUUCAGCCCAAGGAAUAUGCUUUACUAGCAGAAUGUUUUUAUGCUGUAAUUAAGAGAUGUAGCAGAGCUGUUUACCUAAGACUAGAUUAAAUGCCAAGUUCUGUAGUUUUUCUUCCUAUCUUCUCUACUGGAUAUACAACAAAUAUUAAGGAUCAGAAUUGGCAGGCCAAUUUAUUUGACACACUUGGGCAUUUUGUCCAAAGUGUGAUUCUUUCUCCAGCCUGGGCUCUCUGCACACUGCAGCUGCUGCAGAGACCUUCACACCAAGUGCUCACUACCUGCCUUGUAGUUUUUGGCAGAAAAUAAGAGACUGCAGCAGGCACCAGAAGCACAGGCUCUUCACGUGGUGAAACUGCACAUUCACUUCCUACUUUUACUUCCCUUUCUGGUGCAGUUCCCUUCCCCUCUUGGAUGCAGAAGCCAGUUCUUAGGUUACAAACAUUUCCUUUUGUUCCCCCUAAGGAGUACCAUGGGGACUUUUCUCCACACCGUAAUCAGCAUCUGCCAGCAUGGGAACCCUAAAUCAGCAGAAGCAGCUUGCUGUUCUCAGCAUCUUCCUCACCUUUUUGUCCUCUGAAGAUACAGACUAGGUCUCCUGCACAGCAAGACAGUCAUAAAGAAAAAGCUACUGCCUGUGAGAACAGGCACAAGAAAGAGGUAAUAGAAAGUACAUUUAGAAGGACCAGACCUGUUAUUUUGAAGGCACCAAAUUUUGCACAUACACAGAAGAUUUUUAUGAUGAUUUAGACAUUUUGACUGUGAAUGACUUUCUGUACUUGUUCCAAUACAUUUCAUUAUUAAAAUCAAUUUCUCACUGAA